AUGAUUCUGAUUAGAUAUGCACUUUCAAGUUCUAAAAUUCUAAUAUCUUUGAAUUUCUUAUUAUUUAAUCUUCAGACCAGCAUAAAUCUUCCACGACUGAGUUUGACAAAAGGCAUAUCUGACAUCAAAUUAGCAAAAUACGGAAAGUGGUUUGAUGACUGCAGCAAUGAAGUCAGAAUAUGUUGCUCCAAAACUUUGCUCAAGCUUCAGGAUCAUUACAAUUGGAAGAUCAUAGAUGUGACCAUACCAGAGAUAGAAGCAAUGCGCCUGGCUCACUAUAUAACAAUCGGAUAUGAGUCUUCCACUGCACUUAAUUCAUUUAAAGAAAAGAAUUUUGCAGAAUUAGGAUGGGAUGUGAGAGUAGCACAAAGCAUCUAUGGUGCUUUCAGCGGCAUGGAAUAUCUUAAAGCUCAAAAAAUGAGGUAA